UAGCUGCAAUUAACCUUAGAGCUUCGGUGAUAUUCUAUGCGCCGACGUGAGUAGUACUACAGUAAUUGCUGUCACAUCCCGUUCAGAGUUCGCCAAGCGUGAGUGGAUAACAUUUUUCGUCUACUUUAGAUGUGAAACUACUUUAUGAUGUUACUCCUGACAAGUGAGAAGAAAGUAAUGGAUAUGAAACCAUUGAGAUUCUCUGUUAAUUGAAUGAUUGGUGCCUGCAUCCACCAUGGCUACCACUGAUCUCGUAACCUGGUUCCCCACGGUAAACUCGACAGAACCAUCAUCAGUAACAGAGCCUGUCAUCAUACACAAAGCUCAGAGGACCUUCGUUGCUUGCCUCUUCUGCCUUAUCGGCGGCGUCGGGUUAACCGGAAAUAGCCUCGUUUUCAUCGCCGUCGCCAUGUCUCGACGGCUUCAGACUCCGACCAACGUUUUUGUCGUCAGCCUUAGCUUAUCCGAUUUCCUCACGUGCCUCGGGUUGCCUUUCCAAGCUGUUGCGAUUCUCAGCGAGCGUGGAUGGCCAUUGGCGGGUGGACUUUGCGCAAUGGUCGGUGGAUCAGCCAUGAUGUCCUUGACAUGUGGAGUCGUCACGCUUGCUCUCAUUGCUACAAACCGUUUCACUCUCAUCACCCGCUCAAAGAGAACGUACACCACGUUAUUCUCCAAAAAGCGGAACUUGAUCUACGUAAUGAUAUCCUGGCUGUACCCUUUCCUUGCAUUCGUUGUUCCUCAGCUGGUGGGGUUUGGGAGGCUCGGAUACGAUUCUUACUUCAAAUUGUGCGUAUGGGACACAUCGGACGCGCAUGCGCACAUCUACGAAAUCCUGGCUGCCAUCACAAUUUUCAUCGCUACCACAAUCAUAACCACGUCUUACGUCACAAUAUACAUUUUCAUUCGGCUGCACGUAUCUGUCAUGAAAAACCAUGUCGAUGCCAACCGAGGCGGUCAGUCAGUGAAGAUCAACCAAGUCACAGUGGCAGCCAAUAGCUUAAACAAUACCAACAACAAUGACGCGUCCGCUAUGGAAACAGGAACCCGUGGGGAUCGGCCAAGGAUCAAAGUUACCAAAAGAGAAAUUGAUAUCACCAAGAAUCUCUUCUACAUAGUGUGCUUCUUCUUUUUCUGUAUCAUACCCUAUGGAUUCGUGCUGGCGCUUACUAACCUUGGCGUAUUCACUUGGUACGCAGGUGUCAUGUUCGUGGCGAACAGUGCUGUCAACCCCUUCAUAUACGCAAGUAAGCAUCCAGUGUUUAAGGAGGUGUUCAUGUGUAUGCUGACAUUCAGGCUUUCCGCUAUCCCAGAACCGUUGCCAUGGGUACAGUCACUAUUUCGCGCUGUUCCCGAACAUUAAUGACUCGUAGCAUCAAUCAGCAAGGUGAAAGCCUUGGCAAGGGCACUUCCAAUGAGUAGUGGACACCAUGCGUGACCAAAAAAAAGAAGACGUGAAAUGGAUCUCCUUUUCUUUUCAAGAUAGGGCACGUUACGUACGUAACGUAUUAAGGGUGACAAAAACACUAAGAUAAUGAAAAAAGUGUAAUAUAUUUCGCUAUGAAAACUGCGUAUUAACGGCCCAAUUUGCGAGGGAAUAAAAAGACGAAAAUACUUAAUAAAGGGUGUACUUUUGCCCCAACACUACGUAUUUAGGGUCCGAUUUAA